ACAGAAACAUUAUACAAAACCCGAUGUAUGAUGCAAACCUAGCCCACACUGACGUCCUAUACACAUCCAAAGAGGAUGAGUCUGGAGACAGAAAGGAAGACGCUGGGACCCGAAACGUUCGGUCUGAACAAUCAAUGAGCACUGAAUCAAACGGUUCUUGGCAUGAGUCCUUUCAGACGCCUCUCGGAAUUGACGUCCACAGCCAUGGUAACCAUGGCGAUGGCACUGAGAAGGGUUCAUCAGUAAUGUACGAAAACCUAGGCGACAGAAACAUGAAACACAACCCGAUGUAUGCUGCAACUCAAGAAGACACUGACGUCAUAUCCCCAUCCAAGGAGCAUGAACCUGGAGAGGUUCAUUCAGAGAGAAAGGAAGGCAUUGGAACCCGUAGAGUUCGGUUUGAACAAUCGAUAAGCACUGAAUCACACGGUUCUUGGCACGAGUCCUUUCAGACAUCCUUAGAAGCAAACAACAGACAAGUUAACCAUGGUGACGUCAAUGAGAUUGGUUCAUUCAACAAGUACGAAAACCUAGGGAAGUACCAUACACUUGAAAAAGAAAAGAAAGGAGCUUUCAAAGAUGGUACUGAUAUUCUGAUAAGUAGUGGACGAGAUGGAAAUCCUAUAAUAAGAGCCAUGUUUGGAAUUAUUUCCGGGCUUUUAACCGGAGCGAUAUUCGUGGUAAUUCUUCGGUUUACUUUCGACUAUACCUAUUUUCAAGCAGGAAUCAUCACUGUAGUCUACACGGUGAUCGUUUGCAUCGGUCUCGCCUUGUCCUCCAUCUGCCGAUGCAUCAUGGCCGUUCUUGUACCGAACUUUUUCACGGGUAAAGGACGGGUUAUUAUAUUGUCGAUUAUCUUUGGAGUGAUGCUAUCAGGACCAAUCGCGAAUAUCUCCCACAAUUUCAAGGAGAGCGGAAACAGUUUGGCAUGCAGCAUUGAUUUGAUCAACACCCAGCUUCAGGUUUUGCAAAGAAAACUUGAGGAACCUGUAAAAGAUAUGGCCCUAUAUGUCAACAAACAGAAAGAAGUAUUUCGUAUUCGCUGCACAUCGUUCAAUAGUGGAAGCACAGAGUACUCUCGAGGAAAUUAA